AUGGAUAAAUUGAAAUUGAUUGAAUCGCCGAUAUUUUUGAUUUUGCAUUUUGUAUUAAUGUUAUACGUUGCCAUAAUCUAUUCUACUAAUUGCUGCGGCUCAAAAAAGGCUCCUCGUGAGAAAAAGAAAAAAGUCCCGGGAGAACAAAAAGGAAUCACUGAUGGACAGGUUGCGCAGACACCAGGAUUUGUAGCAGCUGCAGACGGAGGUCAACUUAAUCAGGGUGGUGCUGUUCAGGGUGGUGCUGUUCAGGGUGGUGCUGCUCAGGGCGGUGCUGCUCCUCCUGCUGUAGAAAUGCCACAAGCACCUGGACAGGGAGGUAUGGCCGGAACAUAUGACCCGAACUAUCAAACAUUAGCUGGUGUGGGUGGUGAAGUAUUUGGUGAAGAUAAAAAGAAAGACGCUGGUUUUGGCGGUACUGCUGGUGGUGGUGGUGGUGGUGGUGGUGGUGGUGGCGGUGGCGGUGGUGGUGGUGGUGGUGGUGGUGGCGGUGGAGGACCACAAGCGCCAGCAGGCGGUGGAAUGGCUGGGACUUAUGAUCCAAACUAUCAGACGUUAGCUGGUGUGGGUGGUGAUGUAUUCGGUCAAGAUAAAAAAAAAGAGGGUGGUGUUGGUGGAGGCGGUGGUGGUGGUGGUGGUACUGGUCCGCAAGCUCCUGCUAACAAAGAUGAAAAAGCUGGCACAUUUGAUCCCAAUUAUCAGACUUUGGCAGGAGUUGGUGGUGAAGUAUUUGGGGCAGAUAAAAAGAAAGAAGGCGGUGGUGGCGGUGGUGGUGGUGGACCAAAAGCUCCUGACAACAAGGAUGUUAAAGCAGGAACAUUUGAUCCCAAUUAUCAGACACUAGCUGGUGUUGGCGGUGAUGUAUUUGGACAAGAUAAGAAAGGAGCUGGAGGUGGUGGUGGCGGUGCAGGACCACGAGUUCCGGAAAAUAAGGAUGCUAAAGCCGGCACAUUUGAUCCCAACUAUCAAACUCUUGCUGGUGUCGGCGGUGAAGUCUUUGGCGCAGAUAAAAAAAAGUGA